UGCGUCAAGUACAUUACUAAUCUACUACAUGUUUCUGAACGCACACGGAAGAUAGAACAGAAGUCACGUGACCCGCGCGUCAAAGAAAUCAGCUGAGGGCUCGGAGUUUCACUCAGGAAAUCCAGGCUUCCAUCAUGUAUGGAUCAAGAGAAGUCGAUGCCAAUGGGCUGGCACAGACUAUUAGUUCAAACAUCCAGAGGAUAACGCUUCUAACUAAUGAAAUCCAGCAGUUGAUGAGACAUCUUGGAACGGCACAAGACACAAGUGACCUGCGACAGACAUUGCAGGAGAAGCAGCAGAGUGUCAAUCAACUUGCUAAAGUGACAGAUAAAUGCAUGAAAGAUUUCAGCUCUUUACCUGCGACCACAGAACAGAGGCAAAGAAAGAUCCAGCGAGAACGUCUCAUCACUGAAUUCUCCAACGUACUGGCCGUCUUCCAGAAAGCUCAGCGAGAGGUAGCAAAAAAAGAGAAGGAGUUUGUGGCUCGUGUUCGCGCAAGCUCCAGAGUUUCAGGUGGAGAUAUAGAUGAUGUGUUUGGAAGAGCUGCUCCAGCAUUCCAAAGUGAGUUCAGUGCUCAAGCUCAGAGCUAUGAGGAGAACAUCACAGAAGAAGAUCUGCGGCUCAUUCAGGAAAGAGAAUCUUCGAUCAGACAGCUGGAGUCGGACAUCACAGACAUUAAUGAAAUCUUCAGAGAUCUGGGCAUGAUGGUGCAUGAACAGGGAGACAUGAUUGACAGUAUAGAGGCCAACGUAUCAAACGCAGAAAUCAGUGUGCAGUCAGCCACAGAACAGCUGCAAAGAGCAGCAGGUCACCAGACGUCUUUCCGCAAGAAGAUUUUCAUCCUGGUGGCUGUUCUGGCUGUGGCGGCUCUCAUUAUUGGUUUGAUUAUCUAUGCUUCUGUCAGCAAAUGAGUCUGUAUCACAUCUCUCAGAUUUUGCUCUGCCAUAUUUGUAAUGAGUUGCUUUCUAACUGCAGUUUAGUGCCAUUCACACCAAGAAUGAUCACUACAAUGUCAAUGAUAAAGAAAUAGCUCGAAAAGUCAUCACAAAUAUAAAACAACACAUCAAAUAUAAUGACAACAGCACUGAGAACUACAAUUGUUGGAAUCGGUUUCAGAAUUGACAGCCAAUCAGAAUCUAUGCUUUUUUUAAAGUGCCUCUAUUAAUAUUAUUAAUAAUAUAAUUAUACUACCUCCCAUGCAAUGUUUAGGAAUUCACCUCUGCCAUAUGCAUCUGCAUGCAUCAUAUCUGCAGAUUCUGUACUUAAUUGUUUAUGAUGAGAGAAUUCACUAAAUAUGUGACUUAACUCGCAUAUACAAUUGAAAACUAUUAGCCCUGCUGUAAAAUGUUUUAUUCUCUUUCAGGUAUUUCCCAAGUGAUGUUUAAUAGAGCAAGGACAUUUUUACAUUAUUUCCUAUAAUAUGUUCUUAUUAUGACUGGAAUAAAAGUAGUUUAAGGUCAAUAUUAUUAGCCCCUAUUUACCGAUUGGAUGCAGAACAAACCACUUUUAAUUUAAUUAACCAAGUUAAGCCUUUAAAUUGCACAUUAAGCUGAAUACUAGUACCUUCCUUCAUCCAUUUUACAUGAUGUCUGUAAGUCAAAUGUCACUUUGGAAAUAACUGAAAAAAUUCGCAGGGUUAAGAUUUUUGACUUCAUCUGGACAUACAUGAAACAACUGCAUACAUCUAUACUGUACUACUUAAACCACUAGCCAUUACUUUGGAAAUGCUUUCAUACAAUAAUUGCAACUGCAAACUAAUACAUCUACACUACCUGACAAAAGUCUUGUCGCCUUUCCAAGUUUUAGGAACAACAAAUAAUAACUUGACUUUUAGUUUGGUAUCAGAAGCGGCUUAUAUAAAAGGUAAAGGC